AUGGCCGAAACCCAGAACCCUUCGGUCCUAGACACCACCAAGGCCAAUGCUGCCGCAGCCUACAAUUCCGUCACCACUGGACCUGUCGCGCAAAAUGUCAAGAACCACACUGCGCAAGCCUCUUCUGAGCUGAACAACCUUGCCGCCGCACGCAAGACACCCAACGAACCUGCUGCUACCGGCCAGCCCCUGACACACUAUCACUCGUUCUUCCACGAGCUUUUGUCCUGGAAGAACCCCCGUGCAUCCGCCAUCGCGCUCGUCUCCAUCCUCUCAGCCAUCUUCGCGGCUCGUUAUCUCGACAUCACCCGCUGGUCUCUGAAGCUGGCAUGGAUCUCACUCUUCUCAACCGUCACAGCUGAGGUUUUCGGCAAGCUCAUCCUGAAUAAUGGUCUUGCCACCCAGAUCCGCCCUCGUCGGUACUAUACAGUAUCCCGCGAAACAAUUGACGGUCUUGUCGGGGAUGUUCAUGAGCUCGUCAACUUCGUUGUUAUUGAGGCGCAGCGUAUCCUCUUUGUCGAGAACGUCUUUGCCUCCUUGUCUGCUGCUAUUGCCUCGUUCAUUGGAUACCACCUCACCAAGUUGAUGCCCUACUGGGGUCUUGCUCUUCUCGGCACUGUCCUCGCUUUCGCCCUGCCCCUGAUAUAUGUCACCAACAAGGAGUUGAUCGAUCACCACCUCAAGAACGCCUCUGACGUCGUGGAGGCGCAGACUUCUCAGGUUCGCAGUGUCGCUCAGAAGCAGGCCGAGCAGGUGAGCGCCAUCGGCAAGCAAUAUGCCGGCGACUACACUGGUAAGGUCCAGGAGAUGCUGCGCGGCAAGGGCGCUGCUACUGCUGAGACUAGCGAGGACACUUCCCAGACAAGCGCUGCCUCUGCUGAGAAGGGGCCCGCCAACCCAAUUGCCUUCCCCAAGAUUCCUACCGCCGAGCCUGGUCUCCCCGACGCGCCCACCGAAGAGCCCAAGACGGCUGCCGAUGUCCCCACCCCUAGUGUUCCCUCGGAGCCCGUCCUCCCCAACAAGGACGAGCCCCUGAUUUCCUAG